UAUGGUAGUAGUUUCUACAGCAGAAGAGGAGGUGAAGCAGCAUCGUAAACAUGGCUGACAGUGGAGUGAUAGAUGGACCCGGGAGGAAAGAUGAAAUCGAACGCGCAAAGAGUGAAGGCAAAGACCUAACCAAGGAGGAAAAGCAACGGCUGAGGAAAGAGAAGAAACAGCAGAAGAAAAACAAAGAGAAAAAAGAUGACAAGGCAUCACAGGAAAAUGAGAAGGAGAAGAAGCUGGUCACUUCAGCAGCUCCAGCAUCCCAGCCCCCGACACAACCCACAGUGCAGAAAGCUCCUUCAGCAGUGCCUGCUACUGCACCCGUUUCUGUGCCUGCUUUAGAGGCUUCUGCGCCCGCGGACAAGCCAGCAAAGACUAAAGCGGAGCUGAAAGCUGAGAGGAGAGCUCGGCAAGAAGCUGAGAGGGCCAGCAAACAGAGCAAGAAGGGAGAGACGGGACAGCAGGCAGCCACGAGCAAACCAAAAGCUCCGCCCAGUGAUCUGCAGCCAGUGGUGAAGAGGCUCCCAGAACACAUUCAAGUGGACAACCCAGACGUUUUAAAGAAACUUGCCAAGAAGUUGGAAAGGCAACAGACACCAGAGCACUAUGCUGCUAAAAAGAUCCCGCUGCGCUCAGAUUAUGGCUACAAAGUCAGCCUGUUUUCUCAUCUCCACCAGUACAGUCGCAAAGCUCCUCUAACACAGCAACUCAGCAUUCCUUCCACAGUGAUUCAUCCUGCUAUUGUCAGGCUGGGUUUGCAGUAUUCACACGGCAUUGUUGCAGGAUCCAAUGCUCGCUCUGUUGCCCUGCUGCAUGCUUUCAAACAGGUAAUAAGGGACUACACUACACCUCAAAAUGAGGAGCUAUCAAGAGACUUGGUCAACAAGCUAAAACCUUAUAUCAGUUUUCUGAAUCAGUGUCGCCCUCUGUCAGCCAGCAUGGGUAAUGCAAUCAAAUACAUCAAGAAGGAGAUCUCUAAUAUUCCUAGUAACUCUAAAGAAGAAGAUGCAAAGAGCAAACUGCUCAACGGUAUCGAGUCCUACAUUAAUGAGAAGAUUAUUCUCGCUGGUGUAGCUAUUGCCAAGUGCGCCAUAGAAAAACAAAAGAUCAGUGAUGGAGAUGUUAUCCUAGUUUAUGGAUGCUCGUCACUGGUCAACCACAUCCUUUGCGAGGCCUUUGAGAAGAGCAGAAAAUUCCGUGUUAUUGUUGUGGACAGCAGGCCUCGGCUAGAGGGCAAGGAGGCCCUGAGGCGCCUGGUCCAGAAAGGCAUCAGCUGCACCUAUGUUCUUAUCUCUGCUGUCUCUUACAUCCUUCCAGAGGUGUCAAAGGUUUUCCUUGGUGCUCAUGCUCUGCUGGCUAAUGGUUACGUCAUGUCUCGAGUGGGGACAUCACAGAUAGCUCUGGUGGCCAAAGCUUUUAAUGUGCCUGUGCUGGUGUGUUGUGAGACCUACAAGUUCUGUGACAGGGUGCAGACAGAUUCCUUUGUAUCUAAUGAACUCGAUGACCCCGACGACCUCAUUGUAACCCGUAAAGGAACGACUCCGCUGGAGGGAUGGCAGAACCAGUCCUCUCUCGGCCUUCUUAACCUGGUCUACGACGUGACGCCGCCUGAUUUCGUAGAUCUAGUCAUCACAGAGCUCGGGAUGAUCCCGUGUACCUCUGUCCCUGUGGUGCUGCGAGUCAAAAACGUGGACCAGUGAACAACUCAGUUUGUGUGCACAAGAGCUUGUACACACACACACAACAAAUUGUGCUUUUAGCAUGCAAUAAAUAUAUAUCUGAAGUGACAUAUGCUUUUUAAAUUGAGUCCAUG